GGGGAUGGCGGUAGAUUGUAGAAGGUGUCGGAAGGAGAAACCAAGUGCAAGGACUUCUACGAUCGUAAGAACUAUGAAACUUUACAAGCAACCUGUUCUUGUGAUAUCCCUUAUAUGUGCUUUAUGGCUACACUCAGCAGAAGCUCAGGACCCGGCACGGCGAAGUAGCUGCUACACCGAUGACGGUCGCCCUCAGCGCUGUGUUCCUGAGUUCGUGAACGCUGCCUACGGACGGAAAGUCGUCGCCACCAACACUUGCGGACUCCCCGGUCCGACGGAAUUCUGUGUACAGACUCUGGUCGCUGGUAAUAAAAGAUACUGCGAAGUAUGCGACGCUAGAGACACCAGCAAGCGACACCCUCCUGAAUAUUUGACGGAUUUUAACAACAACGAUAACAUGACUUGGUGGCAAUCAGAAACCAUGAAUGAAGGAAUUCAGUAUCCUAACAGCGUCAACCUUACACUUCAUCUUGGAAAAUCAUAUGAUAUCACAUAUGUGAGAUUAAAAUUCCAUUCCCCAAGGCCAGAGAGUUUCACCAUUUACAAACGAACAUCGCAGGAUGGUCGCUUUGUUCCCUAUCAGUAUUACAGUGCCUCGUGUGAACAGACAUAUCGCAAACGCAGGCGGGAAAUCAUUACACGGGCAGACGAGACCAAGGCAAUAUGUACGGAAGAAUACAGCGAUAUCUCUCCUCUGACAGGAGGAAACGUGGCUUUCAGUACUCUAGAGGGACGACCGAGUGCCACAAGUUUUGAUUCCAGCCCAGUGCUGCAAGAAUGGGUGACAGCUACGGACAUCAUGAUUACUUUGAACAGACUGAACACUUUUGGAGACGAAGUGUUCGGAGACUCUAAGGUUCUCAAAUCCUACUUCUAUGCCAUCUCUGAUUUUGCUGUUGGUGGAAGGUGUAAGUGUAACGGUCACGCCAGUAAGUGUGUGCCUAGUAACGGAGCAGGUGAGGUCCCCGUGUGUCUGUGUGAGCACAAUACAGCGGGCUCUGACUGCGAGGAGUGUGCCUCUGGGUUCCAUGAUGCUCCCUGGGGGAGAGCCACCGCCGAUGAUGCCAGGGAAUGCAAAAGAUGUGACUGCAACGGGAAAUCAAACCGCUGUUAUUUUGACCGUGACCUGUACGAGAGGACUGGGAGAGGCGGCCAUUGCACAGACUGUCAGGACAACACCGCGGGACCCCACUGUGAACGCUGCAAGGAGAACUACUUCCGCAGAACAGACCAGGACAGAUGUGAGGCUUGCCAGUGCAGUGAAAUAGGCUCCGAGAGUCUCCAGUGUUCUAUAGAUGGCAGGUGUCGCUGUAAACCAGGUGUGGGUGGAGACAAAUGCGACAGGUGUCUGCCCAACUACUAUGACUUCAGCAACUUUGGCUGCAGACAGUGUCAGUGUCUAGAGGCAGGUAGUUUAGACAACAGACCCAUGUGUACUCCUGAUACAGGCAUGUGUACAUGUAAAGAAACUGUGGAGGGACAGAACUGUGACAGGUGUAAGCCAGGCUAUUAUAACCUUCAGGAGGCUAACCCCCUGGGCUGCAUUAGCUGCUUCUGCUAUGGUCAUUCCUCUGUUUGUUCAAGUGCCAGACAGUUUACAAAAUAUGAGAUCACUUCAGACUUUGAAAAUGAUAAAGACUUCUGGGAAGGCAAGGACAAAGAUGGACUUGAUGUUCCCAUACAGUACAAUGCCAUCCUAGAAGACAUCAGUAUUUCUUCAUUAGAUAACCAGGCACAGUAUUUCAGUGCACCAUCCAAGUAUUCCGGGGACCAAAGUAACAGCUACAACCAGCUGCUGUCGUUCAAUCUCCGCGUGGGAGAGGAGGGGGCGCGGGCCUCCAUCAUGGACAUAGUGUUAGAGGGCAAUGGUCAGACAGUCUCAGCGCCAAUCUUUGCUCAGGGAAAUCCACUGCCCAGAAACAUCAACCAGGAGUAUAGGUUUGUGCUGCAUGAACACCCGCGUUACCAGUGGACACCCCGCCUUACAAGUCUUGACUUCAGAGGAAUGCUGGCUAAUUUAACAUCCAUGAGACUACGAGGCACCUAUCAGUCUCAGGGAGUUGGAUUCCUGGAUAAUGUCAAGCUGGUGUCAGCGAGGCGUGGCAGUUUUGGAGACCCUGCCCCCUGGGUAGAGCAGUGUACCUGUCCCACGGGAUACGUUGGCCAGUUUUGCGAAUCCUGUGAGCCGGGAUACCACAGGGAUCCACCUGGUGGUGGACCCUAUGCACGCUGUAUCCCCUGUAACUGUAACAACCACUCAGACACCUGCGAGGUCAACACAGGUCGCUGUAUCUGCCAGCACAACACGGCAGGCACGAACUGCGAGGUCUGUAAACCUGGUUACUAUGGUUACGCACUGGCCGGUACCCCAAAUGAUUGCAGUCCUUGCCCGUGUCCAGAUGGAGGCUCCUGUGUGGAGUUACUGAACGGAGAGGUGGCCUGUAUUAACUGUAGGGAGGGAUACGCAGGCAACCGCUGUGAGUACUGUGCAGACUCAUACUAUGGAGACCCAACAGGUCGCUAUGGUCCUGCCUCACAGUGCCAGAAAUGUCGCUGUAAUGAAAAUAUUGAUCCCAACGCAGUGGCCAACUGCAACAGCACAACAGGGGAGUGUUUGAAGUGUAUCUACAACACAGCAGGGUUCUACUGUGACCGCUGUCUGCCUGGCUACUACGGGGAUGCCCUAGCACUUCCAAAGGGGGACUGCAAAGCCUGCCAGUGUUAUCCACGUGGAUCAAGACGACCAGCCAGUGCACCAGAUGGUGUACUGUUGUGUGAAGCCAGGACAGGCCAGUGUCCAUGUCUGCCAUAUGUCACUGGACGGCAGUGUGACAGGUGUCAGGACGGAUAUUAUAACAUUGACAGUGGGAAUGGCUGUGAGAUGUGUAUGUGUGACCCAGUGGGUUCUACGGCCUUGACCUGUGACAUUCAGACUGGCCAGUGUAGCUGUAAACCAGGCGUAGGAGGGAGAACAUGUGACCAAUGUCUGCCGUACCAGUAUGGCUUCUCACUGGAGGGCUGUAAAGCGUGUGAGUGUAGUCCCGAGGGUUCCCUUGAUGCCCAGUGUGACGUGUACAGUGGACAGUGUCCGUGUAAAGAGAAUACAGAGGGACGGCAGUGUGACAGGUGCAAGGAAAAUAAGUACAACAUCACUGCAGGCUGCAUAGACUGUCCGCCAUGCUAUAGUCUGGUACAGGACAGAGUGAACGAACACCGUCGUAAGCUGAUCACCCUUCAGAACAUGAUUGCCAGCAUUGGGCAGCCAAACACCACCACCAUCGACGACACAGAAUUUCUGAGAAGACUGGAUGAGGUGAAUGCAUCUGUGAAUGCACUACUGGCAGACGCUCUCUUUGCAUCAGGUGAGGGAAGCCCAAUAGGCAAGGAGCUGUCUAUGUUGAACGGAGCUUUAGGGGAGCUGAUGCUACAGGUACAGACCAUAGCUGAUAAUGUACAGAAGGGAGAAACCAGCGUCAGAUCAGUCAACUCUGACCUCGCCACAGCAAAUGACAUCAUCACGCGGGCAGGAGCAGCACUCAGCGAUGCCGAGCAGUACUUGCAGAAUGAGGGCCAGAGGGCGCUGAUGAAGGCAAAAGAUGCCCUGGCUCUCGCUGGUCAACAGUCAGCACAACUGACCAAUAUGUCACGAGAGGCGAGGCAACUGGUGGAGAAACAAGAGGAGGAGGCUAGUGCUAUAGAUCAGACGUCAAGGACGGCCCUGAAUAUCUCCCAGGAGGCCUUGCAACUGCUGCAGCAGACGUCAGAGGAGCCAGACAAGACAGCCGAGCAGAUUAAGAAAUUAAAGGAUCAGGUGUCUGGGUCCAGCGAUCUUUACGACAGAACCGAGCAGCUGUCCAAGCAGGCGCGGGACCUGGCCGUGGAUGCCUAUAAUGAGGCCCUGGACCUGUAUACCAGUGCGGGAUCUCUGAUGUUACCAGACCUGAAACUCCCAGACCUCCGUACCAAUAUCACUGGCACCAAAAAUGAUGCUGCGGGUAUUAAAGAUGAUGCUGAGACACUGAUCAAGGAAAAUGAGGAAUUGAUGAAAGACGUGACUGAACAGAGAGCUACAGCUGAGGAAUUACUCCAAGAUGGCAUCAGGCAACAACAGAUAGCUGAUGAGCUGUUAGCGGAGGCCGAUGCCGCCAGAGCCGUGGCCAGAGACGCCGUGGCCAAAGGAGAGAAAACCCUGAAGGAUGCUCAGAAAACUUUGGCAAUUUUGAAAGAUUUUGAUGACCAGGUGCAGCGUAGCAAGGCGCAGGCGGAGGAAGCCAUGAAGAAGAUUCCAGACAUCGAGAGCCUCUUGGACGAGGCGAACAGGAAGACACAGCAGGCCAGGGACGCCCUGAGUGGUGCUGAGGCCAAUGCCACGCUGGCAGAGAAACUCGCUCUGGAGGCCAAGGACAUUUCUGAAAUGGCUGCCACGGUGUAA